AUGCCGGUGGUUUUGUACUAUUUCCCCGUGAAGGCGCUCGGCGAGGCCAUAAGAUUAUUAUUAGCUUACGGCGGUCAAGAGUUCAAGGAUGAACGCGUCCCUAUGGAAAAAUGGCCCUCCGUGAAAUCAUCGAUGCCAUUCGGUCAAAUGCCUGUCUUAGACAUUGAUGGGAAGAAGUACUGCCAGAGUAUUCCCAUAGCUCGACUUCUUGGAAGAAAGUACGGUUUAGCUGGUGAUGAUGCUGAACAAGACUUCGUGAUCGACCAAAACGUUGAGUUUAUCAAUGACAUCAGAGCGAAGGCUGCGUCCGUACACUACGAGGAUGAUUCUGACUUGAAGGCGAAGAAACAUGAUGAGCUCAUGAAAUCAUUCUACCCCAUGGCCCUGGAGAAACUGGAUGAAAUGAUCAAGAAGAACAACGGACACUUGGCUUGUGGGAAGCUGACAUGGGGAGAUUUCAUCUUUGCGGGUAUUUUUGAUUACUUGAAGACAAUGAUGCAAAUGCCGGAUUUGGAGCAAAAGUACCCCAGUUUCAAGCAAGUUGUGGAUGGGGUGUAUGGAAUCCCCAAAGUGAAGGCUUUCAGUGACAAAGCACCGCAGACCCCAUUCUAA